AUGGCGACCAGCAAGGCUCUGGGGUUGCAGCGCGUAUGCGCACAGCGCUUCUUGGCACUCGCGGCCCGUCGAGUGACCCCUGCUGUGGCGACUGCUGCAUCCACAAGCCUCGUUUUCCAGCUUCGGAGCAGCAGUCAGCACAGUGGGGCUCUGCGAGACUUUCUCCAGACGCUCGAAACACCAUCAAACCCUGACACUGACCCGUUUGCGCCCGGCCGCAGCGCCACACAAAGCCCAGCUGCCCCGGUGCCUUCAGUCUUUGACCCUUUUGCAGAGCUAGACUUACCAGCCCAGUUCCACCUAGAACCAAGUGACGUGCAGCGCCGCCAGCGCGAACUGCUGCGGGCACACCACCCAGACCGCUUUGGUCACGACCAACGCGCCAUGGAGACGGCCAUCGCCCGCACAGCGGCUAUCAACCGUGCAGGCACAGUGCUUCUGGACCCCAUUGAACGUGCUCUUGCUUUGCUGCGCCUGGCCGGCCAUGGUAUUGCCGAGGACACCCCAGCCACCGAAAUCAACAGUUCGGCGGAGUUUCUGAUGGAAAUGAUGGAGCGCCACGAGGUCCGCGAGACAGGUACAGAUGAACAGCGCCAGCAACUUGCCAGUCAAGUUGAAGAGGAGUGCGCCGCCAUUGAAGCCGAUCUUGAGCAGGCUUUUGCUACUGCUGACUAUGCUACGGCACGCGAUGGGACUUUGCGACUCAAGUACCUGAUCAACUUUCUAAAUUCUGUCCAAGAGUCCACCAAGUGGCUUGGCAGGCAGAAGCUGCCGAUAAACAGCGCCAAAGAUGACGCUCGCCAACAGAACCAAACCUGUGCGCCGCAGACGUUCACAGUCAGUUUAGCACAGCCAACGCAAGACGGAAGCAAGCCGCAACACCCAUCUGUCACGCAGAGCCAUGAAUCAAAACUUACCGAGCAUCAGACCAAGAAAAAGAAACUGAUUGUUGGCCACGGCUCCAGCCCACAAGGGUCCCACGAUAGUGCCGACGGAGACGAUCGUGCGCCGCAAGCCUUGGCCCACGCCCUAGACAUGAAGAAAACCCCCCACCCGCAUCGAAUGUAA